ACUCUAUUACUUUAGUAUGGCUACUAACGCUGCUGCAAACUACGCUCAAAGCAAGAUGGGAGAGCAUCCUAUCAAUAUUGCUAAUCAAGAUAAACAAAAUACCUCCGAAAGCUCCGACAUGCUUGCCUGUGUUUGGUCAGGCAAAGAAAAGCUUGUCAUGAAACGAGUUCCUAAGCCUGAAAUUACAGAUGAUGAGGAUGUCAUUAUUAAAGUGACUGGCAGCACAGUCUGUGGUUCUGACUUGCACUUGUAUCAUGGUGAAAUUAUGCAAUUAAAGGAUGGCGAUAUUCUUGGUCAUGAAUGUAUGGGUGUUAUUGAAAAAGUAGGCACCAAAGUAACCAAAUUCCAUCCUGGUGAUCGUGUUGUGGCUGCUUUUAACAUUGCCUGUGGUACAUGUCAAUUCUGUCAAAAGAAACUGUUUACUGCCUGUGAAAACACCAACAAUAGCUCCGUGAUGGAAAAGUUAUACGGUCAUCGUACUGCUGGUAUCAUUGGUUACUCUCAUUUCUUGGGUGGUUUUUCUGGUGCUCAAGCUGAAUAUGCUCGUAUCUUGUUUGGUAAUACCAACUUGAUCAAGAUUCCCGACAGCGUUCCUGAUGAAAAGGCCUUGUUCUUAUCUGACAUUGUACCUACUUCUUAUCAUGCUCUUUGGUCUGCUGAUAUCCAAGAAAACGAUGUUGUCGGUGUCUGGGGAUUAGGUCCUAUUGGUCUCAGUGCUGUUCAAUGGUUGCGUAAUGUCUUCAAGGCCAAACGUAUCAUUGCUAUCGAUAAUGUCCCUGAACGUCUUGAACUUGCCAAGGUCCGUUGGGGUGCUGAAGUCAUUAACUUUAACACUGACAAGGAUGUCUCUGCUAAAGUCUUGGAACUUGUGCCUGAAGGUCUUGACCGUGCUAUUGACUGUGGUGGUUUCCGCUAUGCCAAGAGUUUGUUGCACAAGGCAGAACGUGCCAUUGGCCUUGAGACAGAUACCAGUGAAGUCAUUAACGAAAUGAUUCGAUCCACCAAAAAGUUCGGUACUAUGGCCGUGAUUGCUGAUUAUGCUGCUUACACCAACCAUUUCUUGAUUGGUGGUUUGAUGGAAAAGGGUCUUCGCUUAGUGGGUUGUGGUCAAGCACCUAUUCAACGCCACUGGGACAAGUGUUUAGAACACAUCCAAAAGGAUGAGUUUGAUCCUACUAUCAUCUUGACACAUCGUUUCCCAUUAGAACAAGUGCCCGAAGUCUAUCGUCGCUUUGAUCGAAAGGAAGCUGGUAUUAUGAAGACAUUUAUUGAAACCAAGUUCAGUGGUCCGGUGAUGCCUGGCACUCCCAUGCUAACUACUGAUGUAAAUGAUGCUUAAAUUAUGAUUGUAUAUACUAUUCAAUAAAAAUGCGGUAAUUCAUGCUUCUCAUCAUGACUCGAGUCAACGUGCAGUGUUGCAUCACUUGCCAUAUUUGGU